AUGUCUUCUGUAAAGGCGUUAAACCCUGCAUUGCAGGCCAGACGGGAUCCAUAUUAUAAACGCAAUCACAUGGGCCGCGUCACCUGCACUCUCUGCGAUAUUUGCUGCACGGAUGAUAACAACUUUCUCAAACAUCUCGCCGGGAAAACACACCGACUGCAGUUGGAGCGACGAGAACGAAAUGCCCGGCGGGAGGAGCGAUUGGCCGCAGAGGAGGAACUCAACAAGGAGGCCAUGCGAAGGGCCGAACAGGAAAAAGCCACACGAGAACUCCUCCUUCAACAACAACAACAACAACAACAAUCUCAACAAUCCAGUGGAAAUCGUAUUAAUAAUAAUAAUAAUAAUAAUAAUAAUAAU